AUGUCAAGGAUCAGUAGUAUUGGGAAAGAAGAUGUCCAUAGAAUCACUUCAGGUCAAGUUAUUGUGGAUCUGUGCACAGCGGUUAAGGAAUUAGUUGAAAAUAGUAUUGAUGCUCAUUCAAAGAAGAUUGAAGUUACAUUUAAGAAUUAUGGUAUUGAUUCAAUAGAAGUUUCUGAUGACGGUGAUGGUAUUGAUGAACAAGAUUUUGAUAAAAUUGCUUUGAAACAUUAUACUUCAAAACUAUCAACUUUUGAAGAUGUGGCAAAAGUUAAAACUUUGGGGUUUAGAGGUGAAGCAAUGAGUUCAUUAUGUGCUAUUUCAAAUGUCAAAAUCACAACUACAAAAAAAGCUCCCAAGGCAACUACUCUUGAAUUUAAACAUUCUGGUGAAUUAGGUAAUAAAACUAUAUGCUCAAGACCAAAGGGUACUUCAAUAAUAAUAACAGAUUUGUUCAACAAUUUACCAGUAAGGAGGAAAGAUUUCAUAAAGAACUCUAAAAAAGAGUUCUCAAAAUGUUUAACCUUACUACAGUCAUAUGCAUUAAUUUCCACAAAUGUCAAGAUAUUAGUUUACAGUAUGACCCCAAAGGGUAAAAAAAAUAUUGUUCUGAGUUCUCAAGGGAACGACUCAAUGAAGAACAAUAUUAUAAAUGUGUUUGGUUCAAAUGGGUUAUAUGGAUUGAUUCCAAUAGAACUUGAACUUGACUUAAACACACAUAAAUCAAGAUUGAAGGUUUUAGAUCAUUCAACAGAUUAUACAAUAAAAAUAUCAGGAUAUAUCUCAAAAUGUUCAUUUGGAUUUGGAAGGUCAGCUACAGAUCGACAAGUUUUUUUCAUAAAUUAUAGACCAGUUUCAUUACAACCUUUUGCCAAAGCUAUAAACGAAGUUUACAAGACAUUUAAUCAUAUACAAUACCCAGUUAUUUUACUAAAUUUGGAGUUGGACCCUCAAUUUAUUGAUGUUAAUGUUACCCCAGAUAAAAGAACAGUUUUGAUUCAUAAUGAAAAUCGGGUUAUUGAAGAGUUGAAAGAAAAGUUGGCUGAAUUUUAUGAUUCUCAGGAUUUGAGUAUGGCUAAAAACGCCCAGACACAAAGAAGUUUAGGUGAUUUGAGAAGUUCUUCGUAUCGUGAAGAUGAUGAAGAAGAAGUGCCAGUUCAAUCAUCUUUAAACACUUCAAGUUUUGCAUAUACACCAAAUAUCAAGUCUGAAAUUGAUCCACCAAGUGAUGAAAUACAAGGCAUGAAGAGGAUAUUGACCUCUGAUGGAAAUGAGACGAAAAGGAGAAAAAGAGAAGAAAUUGGCGAAGAGCCUGCAGAAACCAGCAAAGAAUUGAUUGAAGAUGAUGAAAAUGAUGGUGAAAAAAGUGCUGCUGAGGAGGUUGAAGAAGAGAAUCAAGAAACUCAACCUAAAUCAAUCAAUACGAGGGAAUCCAUACUAUCAACUUUUAGAAACAGACCAGUUAUCAGAUCCAAACCAGCAGAUCUACCAAUCCUAAAAAACCUAUCAUCAUUCAGAAAUGAUCAAAAUAUUAAAAAAUCACAGUCUAAACAAACAACUUUAGAACCUGUUUUGAUGAAAAUUGGUGAUCAAGAAAUGGUUCAAGAGGCUUAUAUCAGGAAGAAUGGUAAGCUGGCUUUCAAAGAGUGUCAUUGUGGUAGUCAAGAGCAUACAAAGGAAUUCCAUAAUUAUGAUGAUCCUGAUGAGAUUGAAAUUGAUGGUGAAGAUGCCGUUGAAGAUGCUGAGGAGGAUGCUGAUGGGGGCAGCGCUAAGGAAGAUCAACUUGAAGGCGAGGAGAAUUUGGAGGAUGAGGCCAAUGACGAUGGACAGAUUGGCUCAGAUGAUGGUUCAGUAUAUCAAGAAGAGGAUGAUCUUGAGCCAGUUGCUGAGGAACCUCCUGAAGCUAUUUCAAUCAAAAAAGAGUUCAACAACAAAUUUCUGAUUUCAACUAGAAAUUAUGAGCAAUAUCUGACGUUUACAACCUGCUCUGAUAUUAUAUGUGAAUCAAUUGACCAACCCCAAGAUUCCUUGAAAAGUGUCUCGAUAGACAAUAUAGAUGAUCAGGAAGAAUCAGAAAAUAAAUUAACCCUAACUGUCUCUAAAAAAGAUUUUAUGGAUAUGAAAAUCAUUGGUCAAUUCAAUCUAGGUUUUAUACUAGUUAUAAGACAAAAUGAAUCAAGUCAAGACUUAUUUAUUGUUGAUCAACAUGCUUCUGAUGAGAAAUACAAUUUCGAAACUCUUCAAAAAGUUACUGUUUUUGAUAGUCAACCUUUAGUUGCACCUAAAUUUAUUGAGUUGAAUGCAUUAGAUGAAUUGGUUGUUAUUGAUCAUAAAGAAGUCUUCAUCAAGAAUGGGUUCAAAUUUACAAUCGAUGAGGAAGGUGAGCCAGGUGCACGUAUAAAGUUAGUUUCACUUCCAAUAUCUAAAAAGACAGUUUUUGAUGAAUCAGACUUCAAUGAAUUGAUACAUCUGGUUAAAGAAAACCAAGGAAACACAAACUCUGUUAGAUGCUCUAAAAUUCGUUCAAUGUUUGCAAUGAGAGCAUGUCGUAAAAGUAUCAUGGUUGGUAGAAGUUUAACAACAAAAACAAUGACGAAAGUUGUGAGAAAUCUUGGUGAAUUAGAUAAACCAUGGAAUUGUCCUCAUGGACGUCCAACUAUGCGUCAUUUAAUGGAACUUGAACAAUGGAAACCAUUUGACGCCGAUUAUAGAAUUUAA